GCACUAUUUGUUGUACCCUUUUUCGAGCUCUGAAUUAAGGCCAAAUGUCGAAGAGAAGCAUCAGUUCGAAUUCUACUUCACACUACAGUAAUGGCAGUAACAGGAAGAGGAACAAGAGAGCAGUAGCAAGAACCAGAAGACCCUAGCUAUGGCUUGGGGCGCCAAUUCUCUCUCCAAUUUCGGCAGUUAUAUGGUGAAGAAGAACUGGAAGCUUCACAAUCCGUUCGAAGCAGAGGCUUCGACUUCCUUACACGGUGGUUCCAGUUCGGAGAAGCCAAUAUUUCAUGAGGUUUCUAUCUUUGUUGAUGGUUUUACAGUUCCUUCUGGUCAGUAUUUUUCUUUCUUUUGGAUUGUAUACUAUGGAGUCGUGGAGAGCCAGUGAAGAGGCUGAAGAGAGAAGAAACAAUAACAAUGGAGGAGGAGUUGUCCAACAUUCUACUGGUAUAAAUCCCAUAUUUGCUUCUUAUCCUUCAGACUACAAUGUUCUUCAACAACCAAUCCCUUCACAAAAUAUGCAAAACCAAAAUCACCACCCUAUUGAUCCUAUACAGUUUAACUCUUAUUAUCAACCACAACUCCCAUACCCGUCUACACCAAGAAACCAGAUCCCUUAUCUGUCACUAAACCAUCUCUCUCAAAACCCUACCUUACAAAACCACCAAAAUCAACAACCAGUUGAUAUGAAUAGGGUGCCCCUAAACCCUAUUGGAGAGGACUAUGAUAUCAAUCAAGCUUUCAGUCUGAUGAAUCUAUCAACUUCAAGGGGUUCUGAUCUAUCUCCACUUGAUAUUGAUAGGUUUCAUACAUAUCAAUAUCAACAGCAACAGCAGCAACUGUUGAAAAGCUUGCUGACGAUGAGGAUCCAAUCUGCUGCUAGGGAAACUCAUCUGAGAUCAUUGGGGUUUAAUUCAUUGGAUCAAUCCACAGCUAAUUUGCAGCGUGGAGGAUAUUCAGUUAGGACUAAUUUGGAUCAGAGUGGGAUCCGACUUGAUUCCAGCCGUGGAAGAUCUAUUAAUGGGGUUGGAUCAAACUUGUUGUCAUCAAGGAAGCAGUAUUCCAACAAUUACUCCAUGUUGUUAUCUUUGGAUCAUUUGAGAGGCCAAAUUUGUUUAUUGGCUAAAGAACCACAAGGAUGUGUUUUCUUGCAGAGGAAGUUAGAAGAUCGAAAGCCAGAGGAGAUAUAUAUAAUUUUUAUGGAUCUGAAAGAUAAUCUGAGUGAACUCAUAAAAGACCCUUCUGGUAAUUUUGUUGUGCAGAAGCUGUUUGAGGUGUGUAACGAAGAACAAUUGACUCAACUUCUUCUUUGGUUGACCACUAAUGAACAUAGGAUUAUAAGUCUGUGUACUGAUCAUCAUGGAACUCGUGUUGUACAAAAGAUGGUGGAGUGUAUUACCACUCAAGAGCAAAUAUCCUUGCUUGUAUCAGUUCUGAAGCAGAGGCAUGUCACACUCACCUUAACCAAGAAUGGGGAUGGUCAUCAUGUAAUUCAACAAUGCUUAAGAUUCUUCAGCAAUGUAGAUAUCAAGGAUAUAAUGAAAGAGAUAGCAGAAAACUGUCUUGACAUUGCCACAAACAAAAGUGGGUGUUGUGUACUGCAACAAUGUUUGUCUUAUGCUCCAAGAGACAUUAAAGACAGACUAGUUGCUGAUAUAACAGCUAAUGCAUUAUCACUAUCAGGACAUCCUUAUGGGAACUAUGUUGUGCAGUUCUUACUUGCAAUGGGGAUGCCGCAAGUAACAGCAGAAAUGGUAGCAAAGCUUGAAGGAAGUUAUGUAAGUCUUUCCCUUGACAAGUUUGGUAGCCAUGUGGUGGAGAAGUGUUUGAGAGAAUCCGGUGUGGGGGAUCGGUCAAGGAUUAUCCAGGAGAUGAUUUACAGUCCUGACUUUCUUAAGGUUCUUCAAGAUCCUUUUGGGAACUUUGUUGCCCAGUCAGCACUUGAAGUAUCAAAGGGUGAUAUUCAUGACAUUCUUGUUAGCUGCAUUGUGGACAAGAGUGCAUAUCUACAAAGCCAUCUUCAUGGGAAAAGGGUGCUGGCUCAUGCCAGAGCAAGCAAGCGACAUGUUGCGAGAUUUGUUUGAAGCUUCAUGGCUUGUUGCAUGCUCUGGUUUUACCUCUAAUUAGUACUUAAUGAUGCUUUUUUUUUUUUUUUUUAUCAAUGCUCUAAGUAGUUUAUGCUGGGGAGGCUUGUGCUUCCAGAUUCUCCUUUAAAUUUUGUUUAGUAGGCUGUUGUAGUCGUAGAUUUGUUGAAGUAUAUGUCCUGUAGCCUUCCCAGUACUGUUGGUUGUUAAAUGUUAUGAUAUUUAGAUCAUAAAAUUAUUUUUGCAUACA